UUCCGGUUCCGGCGCCGCCAUUUUGCCGUGAGACAGCAGCCGCCCGCCGGCUCCCAAGCGCGCGCGCCAGGAUGUUGUCCACAGCCGGCUACGCGGAGCCUCGGCCCGGGAUGGGGCAGCAGCUCGGCGGCCCCGCGCAGCACCGGUUCUCCCCCUACACCUUCAACGGCGGCACUGUGCUGGCGAUUGCUGGAGAAGAUUUUUCUAUUGUUGCCUCAGACACACGACUGAGUGAAGGUUACGCAAUUCACAGCAGGGACAGUCCAAAAUGCUAUAAACUAACAGAUCAAACAGUCAUUGGAUGCAGUGGUUUUCAUGGAGAUUGCCUCACGCUUACUAAAAUUAUUGAAGCAAGACUAAAGAUGUACAAGCAUUCCAAUAACAAGACCAUGACUACUGGUGCAAUUGCAGCAAUGCUGUCUACAAUCCUGUAUUCUCGGCGCUUCUUUCCUUAUUACGUUUACAACAUCAUUGGCGGGCUUGAUGAAGAAGGGAAGGGAGCAGUGUAUAGCUUUGACCCAGUUGGUUCAUAUCAGAGAGAUGCCUUCAAAGCUGGUGGUUCAGCAAGUGCCAUGUUACAGCCCCUGCUUGACAACCAGGUUGGCUUCAAGAACAUGCAAAAUGUGGAGCACGUGCCGUUGUCCCUGGAAAAGGCUAUGCAGCUAGUUAAAGAUGUCUUUAUUUCUGCAGCUGAGAGAGAUGUAUACACUGGAGAUUCACUUAAGAUCUGCAUUGUCACAAAAGAUGGUAUUAAGGAGGAAACUAUUCAAUUACGGAAAGACUAAUUCAGAAUACUUGUCAAUUAAAUCUGCAUUAUGUAAUCUAAUUUUUAACUGGUCUGAUUUACUUGUAUUGUGGUGACAUUUGUCUUAUUAAAAGAAUUUAACAAGUUAACAGU